GGUCUCUUUGCAAACUCCAGGCAGCGGGAGGUGAAUUUUCCGCCUGCCGAUGAAGUUGGGCUGAAUGGUGCGGGGUGAGGGCGGCCGGUGUGUACUGUAUUGCGCCUGAUUCCGAACUCCGGCAGAAAGCCUUUUCUCCAGGCUCUGCAAUUGCCUGUCCCCUCUCGCUCGGAUUACAACUUUCCCUUCGAAUCGGACGGCGAUUCUCUCCGCGCCGGGAGCAGCGCCCAGCCGGGAGGUGAGGGAGACGGGAGCGGCGGUCGUCCCCGAGUCCCGACGCGAGUGUUCGGGUUCGGUUUAACCUGUGGAUCCGGCUGGAGAGCCGGGGAGCCGGGAGCGUCAGCGAGCCGGGGUCUCCCUCAGCCUCCUCUGCGCCAGGGAGAAUGGACCCAGCCUCUCCUGUCUCUCUGUUAGUGAUGCCUGUCCAGUGAUCGGAGAUUCCCCUCCCCGGGCACGAUGCCCUCCGGGAAGCUGGCGCUGGAGCUCGGACUGCUGGCUUUGGCCCUCCUGUGGGCACCGAGACCAGGGGCUGUGAAGGCCGAGUUCCCCAAGGAUCUGGAGCCGAUCAACGUCGUACCCGGGCACGUAUUGCGGGGAUACCCGGUGUUCCGAGGACUGAUACCAGAGAAUGGGAGCGCCUCGCCAGGAUUGCACCUCCAGCGCUUGCUGCGUGUCAACCAGACGCUCUACGUAGCGGUGAGGGAUCACGUCUUCUCCUUUGACCUGGGCCACAGUUCACAGGAGGGUCUCGUCCCCCACAGGGUGCUGAAGUGGAAAACGCGGAACAGUGACAUACAGAAGUGUGCGAUGAGGGGGAAGCGGCCGGACGAGUGCCACAACUUCAUCCGGGUCCUGGUGCCGCAGAACGAUCGGACUCUCUUUGUCUGUGGGACCAACGCGUUCAACCCCGUCUGUCGGAAUUACAAGAUGAGUUCCUUGUUGCAAGAAGGCAGGGACAUAAACGGACAAGCUCGAUGCCCCUUUGAGACCAAGCAAACCAACGUCGCCCUCUUUGCUGAGGGAAACCUGUACUCGGCGACGAUGGCAGAUUUCCUGGCCAGCGACGCGGUGAUCUACCGGAGUCUGGGGGACAAGCCCGUCCUCCGUACGGUGAAGUACGACUCAAAGUGGUUGAAAGAGCCGCACUUUGUGCAUGUGAUCAACUAUGGCCACUACGUGUAUUUCUUCUUCCGAGAGAUGGCCAUGGAAUACACGGCACUGGGACGGGUGGUCUACUCCCGGGUGGCGAGGGUCUGCAAGAAUGACAAGGGCGGCUCCCCGAGGGUGCUGGAGAAGUAUUGGACGUCCUUCCUGAAGGUGCGUCUAAACUGCUCAGUCCCGGGAGAGUCCUUUUUCUACUUUGAUGUCCUGGAGUCGAUGACAGGAGUAGUGGCCAUUAAUGGCAGUCCCACCGUUAUUGGAAUCUUCAGCACUCAAUCCAACAGUAUCCCAGGUUCUGCCAUCUGCGCCUUCUCCAUGGAGGAUAUUGGGAAUGCCUUCAAUGGCAGAUUCAAGGAGCAGGGAUCAACGGAUUCCUCCUGGACUGCCGUCCCCGAGGACCGGGUGCCAAAACCAAGGCCCGGGUGCUGCUCAGGAUACGGAGAGGGAGAGGCCUACAAGAGCUCCAGUGAGUUUCCUGAUGAGAGCCUGUCCUUCAUCAAGUCACACCCACUCCUGGACGACGCGGUGCCCCAGGUCACAGAACGGCCAUGGGUGACCUGGACCCAUGGCAGGGAGCGACUGAGUCAGCUGGUGGUAGACACGGGGGCGGGACCCCACCAGAACUACACAGUCCUCUUCCUGGCCACCGAGGCUGGUCGGCUGCUCAAAGUCCUGCUCCAGACACAGACGGGCGGCCAGACAGAGGCCCUGCUGCUGGAGGAGAUGGACGUGUACAACCCCAAGAGGUGUGGCUCGGGGAGAGAGGAUGGCCGCCCGCUGGCCAUGGAGUUGGAUCGGGACCACCACGCCGUGUAUCUGGGCUUCAGGGGCUGCCUGCUCCGCGCCCCCCUCAGUCGCUGCCACAGCCACAGUCACUGCCGCAGAGCAUGCUUGGCCGCCAGGGACCCGUACUGUGGCUGGCUGAAGGUGGGCCACUGUGGAACUCUGUACCCCGGGACCAGGAGUGGCUUUGAACAGGAUGUGGAACGUGGGCACCUCUGGGACCGGGAGCAGUGUGGAGCCUCACCCCCCUCCAUCCAAGGUAGCCUACAGGACUCAUCCUAUGGGGUGGAGAGGGCGAAAGCCGGGAAGGCCGCUGGGCACCGCGUCCACCUGAACUUGCUGGCGGCGGCUGCCGUCUCGGCCUUCCUGCUGGGGGCCCUGCUCUCGGCGCUGGCCUCCUCGUGCUACUGGCGGAGGGCCGGUGAGGCGGAGCUAAUGGGCCCAGAGGGGACCAAGGCCCAUGCGGAAGCCUCCAGGAUCUACGCCAGCCUGCUGGUCGACCGUGGAGGACGCGGCACCCACCCGGAGCUGACCUGCUUGCCCACCCCGGACGCCACACCCGACCUCCCGUCCCGGAACCUGAGACCCUUGCGGGGCCGCUGGGACGUGCCUGCAGCCGGGACGGGGGGCGAGCGGGACCCGCGGCUGACCGGCCUCACUGCCCACGGCCUUCCCUUCAUCCCUAGUGCUGUGGUGCUGCCCAACAAUGCGCUGGGCCGCCAACCCUCGCCAGCAGUGCCCUGCGCCCUGGUGGAGGAGGAGCAGAAGGAGAAGAUCCGGGGGCCGCUGUGGGACCCUCCGCCCCCGCCCUUACCCCGCCGGCCACCUGCCGAGGUGGUGGACGUUGGCACGCUGGACUCACUCCUCCAGCGGCUCCACCAGAUGAACCUGGAGGUCUUGGGCCCAGCAGGAGCUCAAGAGAAGGACCUUGGCCCCGUUGUCAGGGGUGACGAGGAGGAAGGAGACGAUGAGGACGAGGAGGAUGAAGAGGAGGAAGAGGAGGAGAAGGAGUGGAGAGGGAGGGCUGCCUACCACGCGGCCGCCACCCUGCCGAGAGAUGGGUGUGCCCGUCAAGGACCGACGCACGGGCGUGCUCUCUACACCUUCCCCAAGACCGGCCCCGAGCGGGACAGAGCCCAGUGCCGCAGUCGGUCGACCGCCCCUGAGCUUGGCCCCUCACACCAGUCCGCCACCGAACUCCCCCCACCCGUGCCCCGCCAUGGACUGCGGCGGGCUGAGACCCCAGAACCCUCGCCUCCCCUCUCACCACAUUCAUAGCCCCUCCGGGGAGAGCAAUUUCUCCAGGCCUCCAGCCCUGAAACGAGGUGAGGGGGAGUGAGACGUCCUCAUCCCACCCUCUCCCCACCACAGCUCCCCUUUCCCCUCCCCUCCCCACCGUCCCUAUUCCCUCUCCUCCCUCCACCCACUCCACCUCUACCACUCUCCUUUCUUCCCCUUCCCCCUCACCCCUCCUAGCUCCUUCCUCAGCCUCCCCCUUCCCUCUCCCACAGUCUGACCCUCCCCUCACUUUCCCACCUGGCAUCUUCCCUUUCUGACCUGAAAUCUCCUUUACCCCUUCACUGCCUCCAUCUCCUCCAGUUCAUCUUCCUUCCUCCUCCAACUCCAUCUCCCCUCCCCCUCCUUUCCCCCUCCACCUCCUGCCUACUUCCCCAACAGUCCCGAAACCCCUCGCAACCCCCGCCCUCAGCAGGCCACGACCCCAUGACCUUUGGACCUGACCAUCUCUCCGGCUCACAACUCUGCACGAUGUCGGUGAGGAGACCCAUGGGCUCUGAGGACCAGGAGAGAGGGUGGGCCAGUGGCAGCCUUCCCCAAAGCCAGAACGCCCUAUUCUGAACAUCCUGGACCUGUCACUGUUGCUUCUGUGUAAAUAUGUUACAGGAAAAUGUCUUUUUUUAUUAUUAUUGUUAAUGUUGUUGUUAUU